UCACAGGGCAUUUGGAAGAAGGGCACAGGCAGAAAGUCAAGUGAAGAGAAACUUCUUCAGAUAUGAGCUAUAUUCUCCAAACAGCUUUUUAGUCACUUUCCCAAUAAUUUUAUUUUACUGUUUCUUCUUAAGUAAUUUAGUAUUUUUUUUAAGAUAACUUCAAUAAUGAAACUGAGUGUGGGGAUAUUUUUUGGAGGCUUCUUUGCGGCUCUGGGGGUUUUACUUUUUUUGGUGGCAUUUGGAACCGAUUAUUGGCUUCUUGCUACAGAAAUAGGAAGGUGUUCAAAAGCACCUGAAGAUGCUGGGGGAGAGAAGGCCACUUUCCAUCAUGAAGGUUUCUUCUGGAGGUGCUGGUUUAGUGGGAAUGUAGGAGAGAAUAACGCCAGCAUGUGGAAUUUCUGGUAUACUAACCAGUCCCCUUCUAAGAAUUGUACGCAUGCUUACCUGUCACCGUUUCCUCUUAUCCGAGAUGAACACAACUCAACUUCCUAUGACUCUGCAAUCAUUUAUCGAGGUUUCUGGACAGUUCUUAUGCUCCUGGGAGUGCUCACUAUUGUGAUGGCUAGUUUCUUCAUCAUCUGUGCAGCUCCUUUUGCCAGCCACAUUCUGUACAAAGCAGGAGGAGGCUUCUUCAUCAUUGCUGGUGUUUUGUUUUCUCUGGUAGUCGUGAUGUACGUCAUCUGGGUCCAGGCGAUGGCUGAUCUGGAAAACUACACAAACAUGAAAAAAAUGGAUUGCCCAGACUUUGCUGUGUAUGUACGUUAUGGCUGGUCUUUUAUGCUGGCCCCUAUUGGAGUAUUUUUGGAAUGCUGUUCUUGUUGGUAG